GUCAAUGGUCAACAGACUCAACUCCACUGAUCCAUUCGAGCACCAGCCGUCCUCCCCAGCGCACCCACCGCCCACCGCACCGGCCGCCCUCCCCGACGCUCCCGCCGCCCGCCGCGCCAGCCGCCGCCCGCCCCCGACGCACCUGUGGUCCACCGCGCCGACGCCAGCUCAUCUCGGCUUGACGGCCGCGUCCAACACGCCCCCGACGCGCCGUCCUCCCGACGCCCCUGCCGCGCCGGCCCCGGACGCGCUGGCUGUCCACAGCGGCGGCGCCACCCCCUCUCUGCGCCGGCCGCCCGUCCCCUGACUUGCUGACCUUGCCCGACUGCGGUUCACCGGCGUGCCGACCUCGGCUUGCUGGCGCCGACCGCGCCGCCCGCAGCUCGCCGGUGCCUAUCGCGCCCGACCACGCAUCGACCGCGCUGACUGCCGGCCGCUGCUCACUGGCGCCGACCGCGCCGAUUGCCGGCCGCCUCACCCGAAUGUCCGCUCUACUCCGAAGGUGCUGAAGCAAGGUGGGUUUGGUGUUAUCAUCUUCCUCCUGCUGCUGCUGCGGUGCACGCACAUAUCGAAGGCUCCUAGGCGUCGAGUAAUCAAAAGGCCUAGUGAGCUCAAAGCUUGUGCAACAUAGAUCCAACCAUGGUCAUCUCCACCAACACCCGCCUAGCAGAAAUGGCCGCUAAGAACCCCAAGGUCUUCUUCGACAUCCUCAUCGGCAGGUCCAAGGCUGGACGCGUCGUCAUGGAGCUCUUCGCCGACACCGUCCCCAGGACGGCCGAGAACUUCCGCUGCCUCUGCACCGGCGAGAAGGGCCUCGGCUCCUCCGGAAAGCCGCUGCACUACAAGGGCUCCGCCUUCCACCGCAUCAUCCCCAACUUCAUGUGCCAGGGCGGCGACUUCACCCGCGGCAACGGCACCGGCGGCGAGUCCAUCUACGGCGCCAAGUUCGCCGAUGAGAACUUCAAGCUGCGCCACACCGGCCCGGGUGUCCUCUCCAUGGCCAACGCCGGACCCAAUACCAACGGCUCCCAGUUCUUCAUCUGCACCAAGCCCACGCCCUGGCUCGACGGCAAGCACGUCGUCUUCGGCAAGGUCGUCGACGGGUACACCGUCGUCGAGAAGAUGGAGCAGGUCGGUUCCGAGUCCGGCACCACUGUGGAGCGCGUCCUCAUCGAGGACUGUGGCCAGCUCGCCGCCGACGAGAGCCACUGAUUGUUUUCUUUUUUUUCUUCUUUUAAGGAACAUGAAGAAAUUCCUCCUCAUUGUAUCAAUAACAAAUCAAGACUGAUUCCAACCCAACAUCAACAUACUCGUUCGUCAUA